AUGUAUGUCUGUGUCUAUGUGUCUUUGGCACUUAGACACCGACAGGGGCCCCAGAAGGAUCCUGCCCUGGUGACCUCCUUGGCUGGCACCCUCUUAGUCCUGCUGGCCGCUGCGGGUCACCACUCUGCUGCCGUGACCCAGGCCGGCUACCUGCUGUUGUGGGGGUCAAACAAGCAGGGUCAACUGGGCUAUACUCCCAAGGGUGAUCCUCUUGUUAGAGACCGGCGUGCCCUUGUGUCUUCCCUGCGGCUGUUGUCCCUGGUCCACGGUCUGAACUUCCAAGCCGGCUGCCGAGUGGGGUGGUUGAACUACGACGACUUUUACAUCCCAGAAGUUGCAGAGAAAAUUGAUAUUAGGAAUGAUUACUUGAACUGGAUGAACAGCAGGCUUCACCCGAUGUCCAGGAGGGAGAGUCCAAUCCUGUUCUGUGAGUAUCCAUUCUUGUUCGACCCUCAGGCCAAGACGCUGCUGCUCAGGUGUGACGCCACUCGGCAGGGCGAAUGUUUCCCAGACCACCCGGUCAUACGCACGUUCUGGGAAGUAUUUCACAAACUCUCCCUGGAGCAGAAGAAGUGGUUUUUGAAGUUCCUGACGGGCACUGACAGGGUUCCUAUUCUGGGCAUGAAGGCACUCAAGUUGAUGAUCCAAAGCACAGCAGACGACAGCUUCCUUCCGGUCGCACACACCUGCAUCACCCAACUCAACCUGCCAAGAUACAACACCAAAGAGAAGCUGAAAUACAAACUUCUACAGGCCGUACAGCAGAGUGAAGGGUUCGGCCUGGUGUGAGGGUGUCAGGGGGUGUUGACGGGGUGUGAGGGGGUGUUGAAGGGUGUGAGGGGGUCAGGGGGAGGCUGUGUGAGUUGGAUAAGAGUGACCUUGUGUGUGGGAGGAAGUGCCUGUUAAGAAAAUAGAAUAUAUAGAAAUUAAUAGAAAAUAUAUGUAAUAGUUUACAGAAUUAUUAUUAUUAUUAUUAUUAUUAUUAUUAUUAUUAUUAUCAAAUUGAGUAUAUUUUUUAGUCUUGUUACAAAAAAAAAUGAAUGAAAUAAAGAAAAUGAAAAAG